AUAUGUUUAUUAAUACCAGGAGGACCUAAUCAUCAAAAAUGGCUUCUUUAUACGUGGGUGAUUUACACCAGGACAUCAACGAAGCGGGACUAUUUGAGAAAUUCUCCUCUGCUGGUCCAGUUCUGUCCAUUCGUGUCUGCCGCGACGUUGUUACCCGUCGCUCAUUGGGCUAUGCCUACGUGAACUUCCAGCAGCCAGCCGAUGCUGAGCGUGCCCUGGAUACAAUGAAUUUUGAUUUGAUUCGCGACAAGCCCAUACGCAUUAUGUGGUCGCAGCGCGAUCCUUCAUUGCGUCGGUCCGGAGUUGGCAACGUUUUUAUCAAGAACCUCGAUAAGGCAAUUGAUAACAAGGCCAUCUAUGACACYUUCUCCGCCUUUGGUAACAUUUUGAGCUGCAAAGUUGCCACCGAUGAGAAGGGCACUUCCAAGGGCUAUGGCUUUGUGCAUUUUGAGACAGAGGAGGCAGCCAAUACAUCUAUCGAUAAGGUGAACGGCAUGUUGCUCAACGGCAAAAAGGUCUACGUCGGUAAAUUCAUUCCACGCAAGGAGCGCGAGAAGGAGCUGGGCGAGAAGGCCAAGCUUUUCACAAAUGUGUACGUAAAGAACUUCACCGAGGACUUUGAUGAUGAGAAGCUUAAGGAAUUCUUUGAGCCAUACGGCAAGAUUACCAGCUACAAAGUCAUGUCCAAGGAAGAUGGCAAGAGCAAGGGCUUCGGAUUCGUGGCCUAUGAAACAACAGAAGCCGCUGAGGCCGCUGUGCAGGCACUCAAUGGCAAGGAUAUGGGCGAUGGCAAAACUUUGUACGUUGCUCGUGCCCAAAAGAAGGCUGAGCGUCAGCAGGAGCUGAAACGCAAGUUCGAGGAGCUCAAGAAGAAGCGUCACGAGUCUGUGUUUGGCGUCAACUUGUACGUUAAGAAUCUGGACGAUUCCAUUGACGAUGAACGCCUGCGCAAGGAGUUCUCGUUGUAUGGAACCAUCACAUCAGCAAAGGUCAUGACCGACGAGGAGGGCCGUUCCAAAGGCUUUGGAUUUGUUUGCUUCAUCUCGCCCAAUGAGGCCACCUGUGCCGUGACUGAACUGAAUGGCCGUGUGAUAGGUAGCAAGCCCCUGUACGUGGCACUGGCCCAACGCAAGGAGGAGCGCAAGGCACACCUUGCCUCACAGUACAUGCGUCACAUGACUGGCAUGCGUAUGCAGCAGUUGGGACAGUUGUUCCCGCCAAACACUGCUGGCGGCUUCUUUGUGCCCACAAUGACACCCAGCCAGCGUUUCUUUGGCCCACAGAUUACCACUCCGAUGCGCAGCACGCCACGCUGGGCCCAGCAACAGAUGCGUCCCGCUACAGCUGUUCAGAGUGUACAGGCCGGUGCCGCAUCCGCUGCUGGCGCUGCCGCUGUCGGCGGCUUCCAGGGCGCAGCCGGAGCUGUGCCCACUCAGUUCCGUCAGUCCGGAGCCGGUGCCCGUGGCACCCAGCCCCAAGUGCAGGGCACACACGCCGCUGCCGCUGCCGCCGCUGCGGCCAAUAAUAUGCGCAGCUCCGGUGCUCGCGCCAUUACAGGCCAACAGUCGGUGGCCGCUCCCAACAUGCAGAUCGCCGGUGCACAGAUUGCUGGCGGUGCUCAGCAGCGUGCUGCGAGCUACAAGUACACCUCGAACAUGCGCAACCCUCCAGUACAACAGAUGCAGCAGGCACAGCCAUUGCCAUCGCAGUUGCAGGGCAAAAACCAAGAGAAGCUCAUUGCCUCAUUGUUGGCUAAUGCCAAGCCCCAAGAACAGAAACAAAUUCUGGGCGAACGUCUGUAUCCGAUGAUUGAGCGCAUGCAUGCCACAUUGGCUGGCAAAAUCACUGGCAUGUUGYUGGAAAUUGAGAACUCUGAGCUUUUGCACAUGCUGGAGGAUCAGGAGGCACUCAAGGCCAAGGUGGAGGAGGCUGUCGCUGUGCUCCAGGUGCAUCGUGUCACCGAGCCAGCUAACUAAGCUCGAAAAACAAAGCGGAUUAAAAUUUUUACUAAUCACUCGACACCCAAAAAUUUUUUUUUCCAACAUUUACUUUCAAUUCAAGAAAACAAACAAAAAAAAAAAAAAAAA